CCUAGCUUUUCCUCCUCCUCUUCUUCCCCCUUCUCUUUGCUUCCCUUCCUCCUCCGCACUCGUCUCCCUCUCUCCCAGCCCCGAGGUGCACCCGGUCCUCUUUCGGUUCCACUUCUGCCGGGUGUUUCUCCCUCCUCCCGCUUCUUGCGCCGCCUGGGUCCCGGCAGCUGCAGUUCCUCCAGAGGCCUGCAGAGGGAGCUGCCGCGCCACCUGCGGGGCCGUGCGGCGGCGGCGCGCGCUUCCUGUGAGGUCUGGUGGGAGGAAGCGGCCUGGGAGCCGCGGGGAGUGGACGCAACCGAGGCCCGGGAGCCGCGCCAGCAGGUGUUUUGAGGCCUGGGGAAAGGUGCAGCCUGGAAGGAUGGUUCGGAUCUUGGCCAAUGGGGAAAUUGUGCAGGAUGAUGACCCCCGUGUGAGGAAUACUCCCCAGCCACGCAGUAGCACUCCUCGACAGAGCUUUCUCAAUAGGGGCCACGGUGCCUCCCUGGGGGGUCCCGGCCCCCGCCAGCAGCAGGCAGGUGCCAGGCUGGGCGCCGCUCAGUCCCCCUUCAAUGACCUCAAUCGGCAGCUGGUCAACAUGGGCUUCCCACAGUGGCAUCUGGGCAACCACGCCGUGGAGCCGGUGACCUCCAUCCUGCUCCUCUUCCUGCUCAUGAUGCUCGGCGUGCGCGGACUCCUGCUGGUGGGCCUCAUCUACCUGGUGUCCCACCUGAGUCAGCGGUGACCUCCGGGGGCUGCUGGGGGCAGGUGUGUGGGAGGGGGAGCUGCGGGGCCUCGGUGUGAGAGCAGGCACGUGGGGAGGAGCUCCACACCAGUGCCGUGAGGGUGUGCUCAGAGAGCCUGUGUGCACAUUGUGUUAAGCAAGAGGCAGAGGGAGCCUCUAGUCCAACAUUCCCAAAGGAUCGGGUGAUCCCCACUUCAUUCCCUUGAGACGCGUUUAGCUAGUGUCAGACAUUAAGCACAAAGUCACAGCAAGAGAGGGAUUCUCUUUCCAAUUCUCUUCCAAUCCUUUUAUGCCAAGAAGAAAGUCUCUGCUAGGUGCCAAUGUGUUUUCAUGCCCAGAACAUGGGCUGGCUUCCCCGUUACUAGGGAGCAGGCCUGGGGCUUAGUGGGAAAAGUUUCCAAACUUUUAUAGCUCCGUUCCAUUUUAAUGGUAUAUUUUUAUUGGCUACCUUUUAUUUAUGACAUGUGGUACUGGUAUUCUACUUAUUGUGGUGGCGUUUUUCAAUAAAGAAAUUUAAGUAAAA